AUGAAGCGCUUCAAGUCGGCGUUCAGGAAGGACGGGCGCGACGGCGCUUCCGGGCAGCAGGGGCAGCAGCAGCCGCAAGGAUACCCCCUGUCUCCGCCGGGACAGCAGCAGCAGCACCCACCAUGGCCUCCACAACCGCCGCCGCAACAGCAACAGCAGUUCUACGCCUCCCCGCCGCCGCAAGCAUACCCAGCACAAACGUACGCACCGCCGCCACAGCAGCAUAAGCAGGCAUACCCCACCGUCCCUCCCGUGGCGCCGGGGCAGCAUCAUCAGCAACCCUCCCCUGCCGCCGCCCACGGACACAACAUUGAAGAGAGCUACACCCACACGCACAGCCGCGCGACUCCGCCAGCGCCAGACCCGGUCCAGCUCGCGCUCCUCCACUCGCCGUCGCCGCUGCAGCUGUCGCCAGAGACGGGCGCCACCGAUGCCAAGCCGCAGCAGUCGAUCGCGCAGCGCCAGCAGGUGCCGGCGGCGGCGGCUCAGCCGGAUCAGCAGCCCCAGUCCCAGUCCCAGUCCGAACCAGCCGCAGCCACGGCCACAUCGAGAGCGUCGAGCGCCACCCUCGAGUCGCCGUCCCCCGCUGCCCGGGCACGCAGCACCGCGUCGCCGAGCACGACGCUGGCGUCGGCCUCCCCCGCCCCCGCGGCGCCCGCCCCCGCGCCCAAUCCAAACUCCACGCGCAUCGAACGCACCUCGCGCAGCGGGGCGGCGCUCCGCGCGGACCGGUUCGGCGCGGCGCAGCUCGUCGCCGCGCUAGAGGACAUGGGGACCCCGGACGACGCAUUCGACGCGGCGGGGGUCGCGGUCGGCGCGCGCCUCGUGCCCUGGGUGUCGGCGCACAUUGCCGACCGGGACCCGCGCACCCAGGCAUGUGCGCUGCGCGCGCUCGACGUCGUGAGCGACGCGGACGUGCUCGCCGCCUUCAAGGCCGGCGGUAUGAGCCUCGAUACGCGCCUGCGGCUCGCGCGCGCGCUGUCCGCCCCGACGCGCACGAGCGUGGUCGACACGCUCGUCGCCCUGCCCGUGGAGGAAGACCCGCCCGUCGCGGCCACGCUGCUGCCCUACGCGUCUCGCGACGUCGAGGCCCGCUUCCUCCCCGCCCUGCUGGAGCGCGUCGGGCGGUGGAGCGCGCUCGCGAAGCGCCACCCGGGCGCGCUGCAAGCGUCGCUCGAGGGCGCCAUGUCCCGCGAGGAGAAGUACGCCCUCCGUCCGCGGAGGUACCGGCUCGCGCUCGCGGCGCUCGUGAAGCGCGCGCCGCGCCUCGUGCCCUUCCUGUGGCCGCGGGCCGUGGCGCCGAGCACGCGCCCGUUCCUUACCGCGCUGGCGGACGUCAUGCCCGGUGCGGCGCUGCUCGCGCUCAAGGAAAACGACUCGCUCGACCCCUCGCGCCGGCUGUUGCGGAGGCUCGGCCGCUCCGGCGCUCCCCAGGUGACAGACUACGCGGUGCACCUCGCCAAACGGGGCGAGACCGAAGUCCUGUCGGUGUUCCUGCGCGACAUGCCGCCCACGCUGCGGUGUACAGUCGGCACGGCGUGCAAGGGCCGCGCUGUGCGCUGGGUGGACAUUGUCAAGACGUUUUCGAUGCGCGACGCCGAGCCGAUCGCGGCGGCUGAGAUGAAGUCGGAGCUGAGCUUCGAAGAGGAGAUGGAGUGGGUGGCGCUGCUACCGCCCAACGACGGGAACGAGAUCCUCUUCUCCACGAUGAGCUGGCCCGAGACGAGCGCGCGCGCGUCCGCGGCGAGCGCGCUGAUCCAGCUCAACGCGCGCAUGGGCGUCCCGCAGCUCUUGGCCUUGACGGUCGCGGCCAUGUCGCGGUUCGGCGUGACAGACCCCGAGGUCGCGUACGCGGUCGCCAAGUCGCUCGGCACGCUGCCGCCGCGUCUCAUCCACCACGACAUGAUGCCGCUUCUCGAGCCUGUCGUUUUGUCGGCGCUCGAGGCGACCGACGCCCCGAGGCAAGUCUUGCUGGACCUCGUCUGCGGGGUUAUCCAAGCCAAAGCCGACUCGAAGCCCCACGUCGACUUCUUCGUGCGCUGCUUCGCUGCGAUCGUCGACAAGGCGGGAAGCGAGCUCGAGAUCGACUUCCCCGUGUUGGUGCACCGCCGCGGACAGGAACGCAACAUCUACUCGCUUUUUAAGCCGCACGUCGACGCCGAGCGCGCGCGCGGCAGCUUCUCGCUGCUUGGCUCGCUGCCCGCCGCGCUGCACCCGCACACGCGCGCCAUACCAGCGCUGCACGACGACAUUGGCGCGUUCCUCUUCUCCGAGCUCGCCGACACGCCACACUGGCGCACGCUCGUCCCGAACCUCGUGUACCACUACCUCCUUCCGCCUGCGACGCAGCGCGCCCGCCUCGAGAAGGUCCUCGCGCGCCAUCCCUCCGUCGCAGGGCUGGACUUUGUCGCUGUCCAUCUCGGGAAACGGUACACCGACCUCCUGGAGCCGUACAUCUCCGCCCCGCUGCCCGGGUCCAGCGUGGACAAGCCGGAAGUCUUCAUCCCGUUCCCCGACGGCCGGUGCACCGCUGCCUGGACUGCCGAGCAGGUCGACACCCUCCUUCGCACGUAUCGCCGCACACUCGCCAACCCGUUCGCGUCGCGCCGCGUGUGGCAGAGCAUCUUCCGUGUCCUCUCCACCAUCCGUGGCGGGAACCGGAUCGCAGAGGACUACAUCGCGUCCGGGGACGCCGAGGUGUCGCGCUGGGCGUACUCUGCACUCGCGCGCUGCCCUUCGAUCAAGCUGGGGCGGUGGCGCGAUGGCUUCUACGGCAUGUUCAUGCUCGCGACCCAGCCGCCCGUCUACGACAAGGCAAAGGUAACCCAGGGCGAGCUCGAUGCGUGGCUCGGCCGCUACGUCCAGCCGUUCCACCUGCAGUGCAUGUUCACCGCCAGCCGCUUCUCACUGCCCUCGAACAUGGUCGAGAUGCUGGUCAAGUUCUUUGCCGACACACGCUGGAGCGUGCACGAGCGGGCUGGUGUAGCCGCCUUCGCCAUCGUCGCCUACCGCCUGCCUGCUACCCAGGUGCGCAUGGAGCUCAUCCACGGCCCCACCAUCGAAGCGAUCGCCGUGACCCCACACGGCGCGCAAGAGAGGCUAUACGCAAUCGCGACUCGCCUCCUUAGUAAGGAGAAAAGUUCGGGCUGGGACCUGCUCGGCGAUGCUCUCGAGUCGCCGCAGAGCUACCCGGCGUUGAGGUCACUCCGGCCGCAAGGCAUCAUCCUGUCGUACCGAGAGCACUUGGCGUCUCACCUCGGCACCUUGGCCCAGCACAACCUCAGCGACACGGCGUGUAUCGAGUGCCUCGCCGCCCUCGUACCGUACCUAACACAGGACCACCAACGUGCGAUGCUUCACGUUCUCCGCGACCUGUUCUCCCUAGAACUGUCUACCGAUCCCAAGACCUCGGCCCGCUCUCCGGGGCCGCUUGCGGCUGGUCGAGCUCUCUGCCGCCUCGCCAGAGACGACGUCUCCAUCUACGUUCUCUGUGAAGCCGUCCAGAGACUCGUCCCCAAACCCGACCUUCCUCUUGACACCCAGAGCCGCCACUUUCGUGAGCGCGUGACGAAGAGCAUCCUGCCCGAGUUUUACAGCCAGCGCAAAGACGCCAGUGCCGAGUUUGAUGAGGAGCACGAAGGCGUUCGCGCGGUGGAGGCCAUGCGCGCCGUGGCCGAGAUACUGGGCAAGCAUACUGCCGUGUUUCCAGAGGACGCGGCCCACCUGUACAACUACACGCUUAAUGUCGAUGCGCCUGCCGACGGCAUUGUGGCACACAUCCGCAAGUCGCCUCGCCUCGUGAAACAGGGCCCCAGGUGGCUCGGCGUGAGCCGGGUGCUGGAGGGCAUGGAACGCACAGCGGAGCGACAGACCGAGUGGCUCAAGGUCGCGCAGGUGCUAGCCGACGACAUCGACGAGUCUCUGGUCUUGACCGCGCUGGACAUUGUCGAGCACCUCACAGCUGACGGGUGCACGCCAGAGUGGCGCGCCCUGCUCGCCAAGCUCAGACGGAGCCGCUUCGGCGCGGUGCGCAAGGCGUCCACGACUGGAGCAGCGCGCUGGGAUAUGGCCGAGGUCAAGAGGCGCAAGGCAGAGGAGGCAGCGGCGGGGCCCAAGCAGCCAUCAGCGCAGGCAGCAGCCAUGAAAGCUGCAGCCGACGCGGCAUCCGCCAAGGCAUUGGCGGACAUGGGCGGCGUCAUAGUCGGAGAACCUGCCCCGCGAGCACCAAGAGCCGCAGCGACAAGCCAGGCGGUCAAGGGGUACACUGUGUGA